GCAUAAUCUUGCAAUCGCCAGAUGGUGAACAUGAGGAACCCGAAUGGUGCUGGUGCUAACCGAAACAACACCGAAGACAACAAUCCAAAUGCUCACCCCCAGGAUGACAACCAGGACACGUUCCCCUCCUGGAGCAGGCGGACCAAUCGGAAUGGGGUGGAUGCGAUGCAGAUGAUGGCUGCGCAGACUCAGAUCCUGCAAGGAUUAGCACAGACAGUGGCGAGACUCCAACAAGCGCCCCCAGUUCAUCAGGCCCCGCCACCACAGAUGCAGCCACAAAACAAGUUGAAGGAAUUCCUGAGCACCAAACCUCCCGUCUUCGCGCAAGCAGUAGAGCCGAUGGACGCAGAUGAUUGGCUCAGGGCAAUUGAAAGCAAGCUGCAAAUAUCUCAAUGCGCCGGCAGAGAGAAAGUCCUAUUUGCUUCACACCAACUUGUGGGACCCGCGUCGGAAUGGUGGACGGCGUACACAGCUGCCCACGAGGACCCACAGGAGAUUAACUGGAGAGAAUUCAAGGACAGUUUCAGGAAGCACCAUGUGCCAGAAGGAGAAGUGAAGCUGAAACGCAGGGAGUUCUUGGCAUUAAAGCAAGGCUCCAGGUCGGUGCGCGAGUACCUCACCAAGUUCACGCAGCUGUCUCGCUACGCCCCUGAAGAUGUGAACACGGAUGAGAAGAGGCAAGAUUGCUUUUUGGAGGGUCUAAACUCGGGACUCAAUUACUCCCUUUCGGUCUGUGAGUAUGCAAGUUUCCAGAAGCUGGUUGAUAGAGCAUUUAUUCUGGAAAAGAAGGAGCAGAAUAUAAAUGAAGAACGCAAGAGGAUGAUGCCUGGACAGUCUUCAGGCAGCAAUGUCCGUCCCCGUUUCAACCCACCCCCUCUAGGACAGGUGUAUCGUCAGUCUGGCCAGAACCAACAACAGAGAGCACCUAACCAGGCUUCAGGGACCUUUAAUCAGCCAAAGCAGCAGUUCCAGCAGCAGCAACGCCCGACUAAUCCGGCCUCACGCCCGGUGAACCAGAAUCAGCAGCAGCAAGGCCGCACUGGCCAAGGGACCAAUACCAUCGGCCCAUGUUUCAGUUGUGGGAAUUUUGGACAUCUCGCUAACAGGUGUCCUAGGAAGCAGCAGGCUCAAGCUAACCAACAGCAGCAGAAUCGCACCGGAGGGCAGCAACAGCAGCAAUAUCGUCAGAACUUCAUGAGCGGGCGAGUCAACCACGUCGCAGCAGAGGAUGCUCAAGACUCCCCAGAUGUGGUGCUUGGAGGAGAGCAGAGUGACAGCAUUCAAGACCAAGUUUUCGAAGAUUCUGAGCAGCCAACUUACGAAGAAGGUGAAGUCUUCGAGGAAGUCCCGGGCGAGGACGCUGAUUUCUAGAAGGAAGAAGGCGUUGAUUGAAGACCAUGUCCUAGGCUGGUGUUUCCCCCGGACAACGCCUGUGGAUGGAUGGGUGUUCCGCUGCCAAUUGAAGAUUUAUUAGUAUUUUCUUUCAGACCUACGGGUCCUUUUGUAAGGAUUGUUUGCGUUAUUUGAGACACAGUUUAUG